AUGGACCAGGCAGGGCUGCCCGCUUUGCCUAGCCGCCUGCCCAGUUGGGCUGGGCUGGCGAAGGACCAGGUGUUCUCCAUCGUGGUGUUCGGCUCCAUUGUCAAUGAAGGGUACGUGAACCGCCUGGACGAGAGUCAAGAGCACUGCAUUUUCAACCGCAAUCGCAACGCCUGCAACUAUGGCAUUACCGUGGGUGUCCUCGCCUUCCUCAGCUGCCUUCUUUACUUGGCUCUGGAUGCCUACUUCCCGCAGAUCAGCAGUGUCAAGGACCGCAAGAAGGCAGUGCUCUCGGACAUCGGGGUCUCGGCCUUUUGGGCAUUCCUUGGCUUCUGCUUUCUGACCAACCAGUGGCAAGCUUCAAAAGAAGAGGACAACCCAAUGAAUGAGGGAGGGGAUGCAGCGCGAGCAGCCAUCACAUUCUCGUUCUUCUCCAUCUUCACCUGGGAACAGCAGCCCAGUUGGACAGAUGACUUGCCAUCCUGCCAUCUCUCCGGGGUGGGCUCAGCUCCAAACCGUUCCUACAGCGCAGAUGGCAAGGGGACGGAGGGUCACCCCUUGGAAGAUAACUGGUUAAAAUUCAGGAGCGAGAACAACUGCUACCUCUAUGGUGUCUUCAAUGGCUACGAUGGCAACAGAGUCACCAACUUUGUGGGUCAGAGGCUCUCUGCAGAAUUGCUGCUGGGCCAGCUACACGCAGAUCACAGCGAUGCUGAUGUGCGUCGAGUUCUGCUGCAGGCUUUUGAUGUGGUGGAAAGAAGUUUCCUGGAGUCCAUUGAUGAUGCCUUGGCGGAGAAGGCCAGCCUGCAAUCGCAGCUACCAGAGGGUGUCCCUCACCACCAGCUGCCUCCUCAGUACCAGAAGAUUGUGGAGAGAUUAAAGGUUGUAGAGCAGGAGAUCUCUGGAGGAGCCAUGGCCAUUGUGGCUGUUGUGCUUAACAACAAGCUCUAUAUCGCCAAUGUGGGUACCAAUCGGGCACUGUUAUGCAAGUCCACGGUGGAUGGGCUGCAGGUGACUCAGCUCAACGUGGACCAUACGACAGAGAAUGAGGAUGAACUUUUUCGCUUCUCCCAGCUGGGCUUGGAUGCAGGGAAAAUAAAACAAGUGGGAACUAUUCGUGGGCAGGAAAGCACUCGGCGCAUUGGAGAUUACAAAGUCAAAUAUGGCUACACUGAUAUUGAACUGCUCAGUGCUGCUAAAUCUAAGCCCAUCAUAGCAGAGCCUGAAAUCCACGGAGGACACUCGCUGGAUGGGGUGACUGGCUUCUUGGUGCUCAUGUCUGAAGGGCUCUACAAAGCGCUGGAGGCAGCUCAUGGGCCUGGGCAGGCCAACCAGGAAAUUGCAGCCAUGAUAGCCACAGAGUUUGCCAAGCAGACGUCGCUGGAUGCUGUGGCACAAGCGGUAGUGGACCGGGUGAAGCGGAUCCACUGCGACACUUUUGCCAGCGGUGGGGAACGGUCCAAGUUCUGUCCCCGGCAUGAAGACAUGACGCUGCUCGUGAGGAAUUUUGGGUACCCCCUGGGUGAGAUGAGCCAGCCCAUGCUGACACCAACGCAAGCUCCCUUCUCAGGAGGCCGCGUCUACCCAGUCUCUGUGCCGUAUUCCAGCUCCCAAAGCACAAGCAAGACGAGUGUCACGCUGUCCCUUGUCAUGCCUUCCCAAGGCCAGAUGGUCAACGGUGCCCACAGCAGCUCAACUCUGGAUGAAGCCACCCCCACCCUCACGAACCAAAGCCCAACUGUGACACUCCAGUCGACUAAUACCCACACGCAGAGUAGCAGCUCCAGUUCAGACGGCGGUCUCUUCCGCUCCCGACCCACCCACUCGCUCCAGCCAGAUGAAGAUGGGCGUGUGGAGCCCUACGUCGACUUUGCAGAGUUUUACCGGCUCUGGAACAUGGACCAUGGUGAACAGGGAGCGCUGACUGUGUCCUAA